CUUCGAUCCCGUGUGCCAUAGACGAGAAGCAGGUGGCCGAUAUGAUGUUGUGUAAAAAGAGAUCUAGUGCUCACUGUGGUGGACGAACAAGCGGUUUUGCGUCCGCGCGGAGUAGCUACCGGAUGGACCAGGUGAGUGAACACUCUGUCGAACAGAGCGGGACUGCUCAUUGCGGUAGUGGUGCGAAGGAGCACGGAGAAGUUGGAAUCGAUCCCGGGCGCGGGCCGCACCACUACACGAACAACACUGCAGCUGGCUCCACCUUCGUAGUGCCAACGCAGCGUUUUGGAGCUGAACGGGAUAAUUGCGUUCCACUACAUGACGAGUCCACGCCCACUUUUGACGGCACGGCUCCUGAUCAUGGUGGGGAAAACCUAAUGAAAAACACUGGAAAUUUAUUGCAGAAUAAUACAGAGGGUCUUGAUGUUGCGGUUGCGCGGGUAAGUGGAACAUUAUCUGCGGACCACGCCACGACCGAGCAACAAGGUAAAGGUUCUUUGCAACAAACAUUGAGCGGCCCUCCAAUUGGUGUAGCAGCAGGAGCAAUUUUUCGGGACACGGACUCCGCACCAACAGCAGUCGACUCCAACGAUAAUUUUUCCGACGCGGAGCAGGCCCCCGGCACGACUUCUGUUCCUCCAUCCAGCCAAACCGCUCUCCUGAAGCAGCUUUUUGCGGAUGAAGAGGAUCCGGCUGGGUUUGGAUACACGCCCAACAAUGUUGGUGCCAAUCAAAACAACCGCGGAAAUAAUUUUAAGAACUGCUACGGUUUCGCGCCACCCAACGAACAGGAGGAUUACCUGCAGGCGAGGUUUCGGGAAGAGAUUACCAUGAUGAAGAGCUUGGACCACCCGAGUAUUUGCAAACUUUACGAUGUUGUGGAGGACGACUUUUCGAUCUUCCUCGUCAUGGAGUAUUGCGACGGGGGGGAACUAAACGACAAAAUUGACGACGACAGCCUAUUACCGGAACAUGAGUCCUUGCAGAUUGUCAAGCAGGUGGCCCAAGGUACGGAACGGAAAAUUUUGAAAGAGUUACUUAUGUCAUAGGGUGUUCUUCAUUUCAGAAAUGAGAAUGAGAAUCUUUAUCGGAUAUGCGGCCUACGCCUAAGUGAACCCAAAAACAACAUAUUGCCAUUGCGUCGCAUGAUUUUUGCAUUUCUUUGGUUUUGCAUUUGCACGGCAACUACAAUACGAGAAAGAAUCAGAAUCAUAAAAUCCAAACCCAUACACCGCAGGUCUUCGCUACUGCCACGAGCAGAAUAUUGUCCAUCGCGACAUCAAGCCGGAGAAUAUCCUGUUCAAAAGCAGCAAAAGCGCUUCCAACUACCAGCAGAAGAGUUAUGCGGGCGACCACGAGAGUUCUUACGUAACCCGCGAAGAUCGAAUGCUGCACAACAACAUCUCCAAGAACGGUGUGGUUCCAAAUCCAAUGAAGAAGGAGCAAGAUAACUUUGUGAAGCUGAUCGAUUUUGGCAUUGCCAGCUGGAAUAACUCGCUCACAAACGAGUUUCGCGUUGGGACGUAUGCGUACGUUUCUCCAGAAGUGCUCGAUACGCAGCACCGCGACCUGGACCACAAAGUUGACAUUUGGGCGCUCGGAGUGGUAAGUACAACCUACACCAGUAGAAAAUUCAUAAUUGUUUUUUUUUUUUGCUGGUAUAUUAGCUCCUCGUCUUCUUGUUGACGAUUUACACCCUCCUUUCCCCAAUCGAUACUAGGUGAUGUACGUGAUGCUCUCGGGUUUGAUGCCUUUUGCUGGCCCC